AUGUUUGCAUUCACAGCAUUAAAGACUCUGGCUCGUCGAGUGCUUCCGGUGAGUCGGGCUGUCUCGUUCUCCAAACCCCUUUUUUCAGCAUCUCAAAUGGCCGCCCCAAGGUUGUUUUCCACUACACCUGCCGUCUUCAAAACUAAUACAUCCACAAGAACAAAGGAAAACGUUCAUGAUUUGGAAACUUUCCUCAAAUUGAUCGGCAGAAACACUAUUGAGCAUUUGGACACUUUUGAAGGCGACUUGCAAAAAUUCCUCGAAACCAGCUCCAAGCAAAUGAAGAACUUGGGCAUUGAUACUUCCCAAAGGCGGUACUUACUAAGAUGGAAGAACAAGUUUGUGAAUGACUUGGAGCCUUUGAGAGAGCACAAGAGAGGCCGUAAGAAGAACGGUGGUGAGAGAAAGGCCAAGUUGGUCAAGGCCAAGAGAGUCGCUUUGAAGAGACUUGAAGAGAAGGAGAAGUGGGCCAGCUCUGAAAAGGCUGCUGAGGAGAAGGGUGAGAGAGAGUUCUGA